AUGCUUCGCAGCUUACAGCAUAUCAGACGCUCGAGCAGGCUGGGCUUGCAACUGCGCUCAUACGCCAGCACUCCAGAUCGCAGCACGCACUUUGCUAAGCUCACUCAAGACGAUAUCCCUUCACUCGCGUCCAUCUUCUCUUCACCACACACUUCACUCCUCACAACGCUCGGCGAUAACCCAACAGCGACAAAGGAUGAUCUCGAGCCAUUUAACGUUGAUUGGAUGGGCAAAUACAGAGGCCACUCGUCCAUUAUCGCGAAGCCAAAGACGACGGAGGAAGUGAGCAAGCUUUUGCAGUGGUGCAAUCAGCACAACGUUGCUGUAGUUCCACAAGGCGGAAAUACUGGCUUGGUUGGUGGUUCAGUCCCUCUGCAUGACGAGGUCGUCUUAUCACUCUCCUCAAUGAACAGCGUCAGGCACUUUGACUCUCUCUCCGGCUAUGUCUCGGUCGAUUCUGGCAUCGUCCUCGAGAACUUGGAUAACUUCCUCGCACAAAAAGGUCACGUCGUUCCACUCGAUUUGGGUGCAAAAGGCUCUUGCCAAAUUGGUGGAAACGUUGCCACAAAUGCUGGUGGUCUGCGCAUGUUGAGAUACGGCAGCUUGCACGGAAACGUCCUCGGUCUCGAGGUUGUUCUCCCAGACGGCAGAAUCAUUAACGGUAUGAAGGGCCUCAAGAAGGAUAACACAGGUAUUGACCUCAAGCAGCUCUUUAUCGGCUCUGAAGGUGUCCUCGGUGUCGUCACCGGUGUCACUCUUGCCACUCCUGUCAGACCUUCUGCCACAAACGUCGCUGUCUUUGCUUUGCCCGAUUACGAAUCCGUCCAGACCGCUUUCUCCUCCGCUAGACGCGAUCUUGGUGAGAUCCUCUCCGCCUUCGAAUUCUUCGAUGCUGCCUCGUACAAACUCGUUCGCACCCACGGCCAUGCUGCCGAACGUAAGACUUUCGAAGACGGUGAAGAUGCUCCAUUUUUCUGCUUGGUGGAGACCUCUGGCUCAAACAAAGAUCACGACGACGAGAAACUCGGAGCUUUCUUAGAACAACUUAUGGAGUCUGGUAUAGUCAAUGACGGUGUGCUCGCACAAGACGAAACUCAGAUCGCUCAAUUGUGGACCUUGCGUGAAGGUAUCCCUGAAGCUGCUGGAAAGGCUGGUCGUGUAUAUAAAUACGACUUGAGUUUACCAGUCGAGAAAAUGUACUCUCUAGUUCCUGAACUUCGCCAGAAACUCGCUGAGCAGGGUCUCCUUGCAGCUGAAUCAGAAGGCGGUAAUGGAAAUGGUCCAGUCAAGACAGUCUUUGGUUUCGGUCACUUAGGUGAUGGAAAUCUCCACAUCAACAUCGUUGCAGAUGCGUACAGAUCGGAAGUUGAAAAAGUCGUCGAGCCUUACAUCUACGAAUUGGUCGCUAAUUACAACGGGUCAAUCUCGGCUGAGCACGGCCUUGGAUUGAUGAAAGCACCUUAUGUCUCAUACAGUCAAGACGCUCCCUCACUCGAUCUGAUGCGCACACUCAAGAAGACACUCGAUCCAAAAGGUAUCCUCAACCCAUACAAGUGUGUCACAGUCGAGUGA